AGCGCACAGUGUAUCGAUGGGAGUGCACACUCUAUGUAAGAGCUGUGGAUUCUCUUGCGUUCAGGAAGAACUGUCAUAUGAACAUACUGGCUCAAGCUCGAUGAUGCCUUGUGCAUUAAUUAGAACCUUUCCUUGGAUUGCUUGCAAUAUUUUUCAAUCAAUUGUUGGGCUGUCUGCUUCAUGUGUGGUGGAUGACGCUGUUGAAUGGGUCAGCAGACUAUGUGCGGUUUCAAGGACGGCAGCUUCACCAGCAACCGCUUCGAUUGUGGAAUGCCAAGAUGGCCUCCUUGGCAAGGACAGAUCAGUGGAAAAGCAGCUUGAUGCUGGCACUGCAGCUACAGUUGUCGGUGCUUCAGCCGAACAUCAUUUCUGAGACGACUUGCAUCAUUGCUUGGAACAAAGCCAGCUCCUGCAAGUGGCCUUAUUGUUGCCAUCUUCUUUUUCACUCAGGCCUCCAAACCGACCUCAUGGCUUUCACUGGUGUCAUGACCGCUUAUGAGAAGGGGCUACAAUGGAAGCGGGCCUUGCAGCUGCUGACCGAACUCCGGUGCUUUGGCUUUCUUCCGGAUCUCAUCCUCCUCAACUCUGCCAUUAGUAUUUGCGAAAAGACUGUGAUGUGGCCAUCGGCGCUGGAGCUGUUCUCCAUAGCAUUCGUGGCCGACGUCAUCUCCCACACGGCAUGCAUCAGUGCUUGUGAAAAGGGCCGACGUUGGCGCAUUGGCUUAGGUUUCACAACAGCAAUGAGGUUCAGCGUUGUUGAACCUAACAUCAUCAGUUGCAAUGCUGCUAUGAGCGCUUGCGAAAAGGGCCGAGCCUGGCGCGAGACCUUCAGCAUGGCAGAGGAUGCUGCUGACAUCAUCUCAUUCACUGCCUUGAUGUCUGCUGCGCGGAGCAGCUGGCACCUGGCUGUGGGGCUGCUGGCGCAGCUUCUUGAUGAGAAGCUGAGGCCCGAUCUUGGAUCUUGUAACUCAGUGGUCCUUGCCUUGGACACUGCAGCGCAGUGGUUGCAAGCAAACAACUUCAUUCGGACGUGGUCUUUUGGAUUGCCAAAUUGCGUGACAUUUGCCUCGCUCCUCAGUGCAAGCAACGCGUGCCGGCAGUGGCAGAUCUCAUUGAAUCUUUUCACCUUUGCUCUGUCCAUGUAUGUCAGCAAUGACAUUGUCAUGUGUGAUGGAGUAAUGAAAGCUCAUGGUCUUAGACAGAGCUGGCAGACUGUGUACAUGAUACUUAGAUCUGCCAGAGCUGCAGGACUAGAGCCGACGAAGGCAUCUCAAAAUGUCGCCAUUGCCUGCAGUAACAAGGCUUGGGUUUUUUCGUUGCAGCUACUGCAGUCCAAAAGUGUGGAUGCAGCCACAGGCAAUGCAGCAUUGCCAUACCUUAAUUGGCGGAGGGCACUGCAGCUUCUUGCAAAGAUGCAGGCGGAUGCUACCAGCUGCAGCAUUGUGGCUGCUCUUUGUGAGGAUCAGAGAUGUGCACCCGAGCUGUUGGAAGUUGCAUCCAUUCGGGCAGUAGGAUCCCUGCGCUCGACUCACAGUCAAAAUUAGAGGAUCUUGCAGUCCAGAUGGAGAAGCACAGUUUUUUGACGGGUCACUUCCCAUCCUUUUCCUUUGACCCUUGUGGAAUUCAUUGCAUGCUAUCCGCCUGUACAAGCCUGUGAUGGCUUUUGCACAUAUGAGAGUUGAGGAAGGAGUCUUUGAGACACUUGCUUCUUUUGGCGGUUUGUUUGGGAAAAGUGAGUUUAUCAAUUAAUGGAGGACCCUGCCUCGUUUGUCGUGUUGCCUGGGGCCCAUGGGGAGGGCCAGCCAAAUGUGUAUCGCACGUGCAUAAAAUCUCUACGGAGGAGCAACCACUCCGACCUAUC